AUGCUCGCAGCCGAGCGCAUCGUCGAAAUGAAACAGCCCCUUGCGAAGGAAGGCUGGUGCUCCUUUUGGGCGGAAGGCCACCGCGCAGGCGCCGGCUGGUCAGCAGGUGUAGCCGCCCUGGUGCGAGGUGCCUGGGCGCGUGGCAGCCCAGCUGAGUGGGCGGAUUGGCCCGUCCGCAUUUUGAGCAUCUACAUAUGUCUGAAGGACCCAGAUGUCGUGGCCCUGUCUUCCAACUACUGGCGGGACAGUUGGAAACAGCCCUGCCUCCGCGUGAGUACAAGGGUGAGGUUCCCAUUCUCCCCCUGGCACUUGCGUCGCUGGGCGCUCCUGGAAGUGUUGCGACUUCUUCGCUGUGUCUUUCGAGCUCCAGCAUGCCGUGGCUGA